AUGGCUCCUCCUCGCUCCCCUCUCCCCGCCGUCCUCCCCGUCCUCCUCCUCGUGCUCCUCGCGGCCGGCGGCGCAGGCGGCGUGGAGGUCCUCGCCAAGUCCCUCCUGGAGAGCUGCGUUGACGACUCGGGCGCGGGGGGCCGCCUCUCCUGCGACAGAAAGGUUGUCGUCGACAUGGCCGUGCCCAGCGAAUCCAGCGGCGGGGAGGCGUCGCUGGUCGCGCAGGUCGCGCACGUGAACGACACGGAGCAGACGAAGACCAUAAGAAACCCCCCUGUCAUUACCGUCAACAAGGGCGCCGUGUUCGCGCUCUACGCCCUCAACUACAUCAGGGAUGUUGCUUACAAACCUGAGGAACAGUUUGUCGAGACACGCAAAUGUGAACCAGAUGCUGGUGCUGAUGUUGUUGGAGCUUGUGAAAGCCUAUUUUCCGUCCCUGUGGUCCUAACCGCCGUGUACCUUCAUCUUGUGGAAACGUUUUUGAGAAAAUUUGCAAAGGAAAAGCUAAUACGGCUCACUGUCUACGAUUUCCAGGUGACUGGUUCCAUGUUUUUGGAAUUGAAACACGGUCACUUGGGUUCAACAUCAGGGUACAAGUUAAGAAAGGAGGUUGUUGUUGGUCCGGAGAAUAGAACUGUUGUUUCUAAAGACAAUUUUCCGAGAGUGAAUCUUAUUGGUGAUUUUGAUGGUUAUAACAGCAUCCCAACAUUUGAGCACUUCUAUCUUGUGACCCCUAGGAAGGGUGCUGGUAGUGGUGAGCCACAAAACCUUGGUGCUGAAUAUAGCAAGUGGAUGCUGUUGGAGAGAGUUCGUUUUACAGACGGCAUCGAAUGUGACAAAAUUGGUGUUGGUUAUCAGGCUUUCCAAAACCAACCUAACUUCUGUGCAUCGGCAUUUGGGAGCUGUUUGUACAAUCAGCUAUGGACCUGUUUGGAGUCUGACAAAAAUCGGAUAAACAGGAGCCAACAGCCCCAAUACGUUGUGAAGGGAAGGUUUCAGAGGAUCAAUCAACAUCCAAAUGCAAGUGUUCAUACUUUUUCUAUUGGAGUGACAGAAGUUCGUAAUAGCAAUUUACGGAUAGAGUUGAGUGCUGAUGACAUAGAAUACAUGUAUCAGAGGAGUCCAGGGAAGAUAACCAACAUUAGUGUUCCAACAUUUGAAGCCUUAAGUCAAUAUGGCACUGCAAAGGUCACAACUAAGAAUAUUGGUAAACUGGAGGCUUCGUAUACCUUGACGUUUAACUGCUUAAGUGGCAUCAGUUUUGUGGAGAGAGUAAAACAAUAUGAUACAACUGAGUACCAAAAGAAUCUGUAUAAGGUUACUGUUUCUCAAGAUGACCAACUAUACAAGUCUUUAUGUGCAAAAUUCCAAAGGGAUGGCCUUCAUUGUUGCCAUGUGUUUAAUAUAACAACAAGAAAAGAUAUGUGCUCAGAUGAGUUCACAAGCAAAUUGUUUAAUGAAGGAGUUAGCAAGAUAGUCAAGGCUAUUAAGAAGAAAAGGAAUUCCAUGACUAAGAAUGUGAAUGCUAUUGUUAGAACAAAUGAUGAUAGGAAUCAUGUUUCACUAGACACCGUGAUGUUUCGUAACCAAUAUUGGUGA